AUGUCAUCAAGAGGCCGCUCAACAUCCCCCAAACCCCUCACCCCGUCCCCGCGCCGCGCCGCCGCCGCCGACGUCUCCAUGUCGCCUGCCCGCAACGGCAGCCGCGAGCCUGGCGGCAGCAGCAGUGGAGGUCCUCCCAAAGUCGUCGUUGUCCAGGGCCUCAGCAAGAAUGUCUACCCGGCGCACUUGCGCGAAAUCUUUGGCGUGUACGGCCGCGUCACGGGUCUGGAUCUGCCAGUGUUCAAGUUUUCCGGAUUGAAUCGCGGCAAGGCUGCUAUCGAGUUUGACGCUGCCGCCGCUGCCGACGACGCCGUCCGGUGCAUGGAUGGCGGCGUGCUCGACGGCUCCGUUCUUCGCGUACAGAACACCCCUUGCCUCCGCCGCGCCCAGCCACGCCCCCUGCGCGCAGCCAUUCUCCCUCGCGCCGCCGCCGCUCGCCGAGCCGCAGCAGGUCGCCCCCACCGCGUGGCGGAGCGGGAGGCUACUCGUCGUACCGUCCCCGCUCGCGCUCGCCCCCACCGCGUCGUCGCUCUCCUCUGCCUCCUCGCCGCCGCUCCCCCAGUCCUCGCGGAGGCGGCGGAUGGGGCCGUCCCGCACCAGCAUACGGACCCGGUGCGCGUGGCGGGUUCCAGGGCGGUCGCGGUCGUGGAGGCUAUGCCGCUGGCCCCGGAGGCCGUUUCCGUUCGCGCAGCCCACCGCCCUUCCGCGGUGGUAACCGUCGCCGUUCGCCCGACUAUGGCGCCCGUCGCAGCCCCGACUAUGGCGCUCGCCGCUCGCCGCGUUCCAGGUCGCGCUCGUUCUCGCGCUCCCCGCCGCCCCGCCGUGGUCGCUCGCCCAGCAGGUCCAGGAGCCGCAGCCGCUCGCCUAUCGGAGCAGCGACGAGUAUCAAGUCCAUUGAGCUGCGGUGAGCAUGUGCCAUUCCAAACGGCAUGGCCUGAUGCCCCAGCUACUGGUCACUGUGUCGGGGGAGAACUCCUCCCCAAGCCUGACCAGUUUAAUGACUGGAUAAGGAAGAACACCCAGGCCACUAUUUGA